UGGAUCUAUCAAUCCACAUACUUAUGUCAAGACCCUCGGCGACUGACCCAGCAAACGCCGAGAUAAGACCCAAGGAUCGGAGGUCCGACAACGGCACGGUGGGGGAGUGGGUGUAGGAGUGGGCACCCAAGAGUUUUUUUUGCAGGUGGAUUGACGUUGGACUUCCUCUCGAUUUUUUUCCUAUCGGCAAUUCACCCUGCUUCUGCUGGAGCGACGUUUAGAGUUAGAUUGGCUUUAUCUACAUAGUAUACAUACUGUGUACUGCUUGCGAGAGAACAAUCUUGUUGCUUUUACUCUACACACUUCAUGAAGUCUUUCUCCAUUUUAUAAAUUGUGUUGCCAGAACUCUAUCUAUAGUCGAGAAUCGGGGAAUUUGAAUUGUGGAAUUUUGCGAAAUACCAAGAAAAGAUCAACAUGUCACUUCCGGCCCACGAGGGCGGCGGCAGCAAUUCCCAACCCCAGAAUCACCACCAGCCAAACCAAAAUCAACUGUCAUCGUCGCAUUCCGUCAUCUCCUCCACUUCCACUUCCACUUCUACCUCCAGCUCCAGCUCCCAUCACCACCAACACCACGCCCCUCAAUCCGAACCCCAAUACCACGACAUCAACAAUGCUGACCCCGACCCCAACGCCCUCGAGAAGCAAUCCACCGUCGCCUCGGGCUUCUCGGCCGCCUUGGAGACCCGCACGCACUCGAUCGUCUCGCGCAUCCGCAGCCGCGAGCCGGGCCAAACCGCCCGCUUCACCCACCCGCUUUCCCACACCAAGACCACCGAGGACGUCAUCGUCGACUUUGACGGGCCGGAUGAUCCCUAUCGGCCUAUGAACUGGAGUUUCCGGAAGAAGGCGAUCACGACGGUUUUGUAUGGGUUGACGACAAUGGGUAUGUUUCCAGGUCUAUCUUAUCUCCGGGGAGGGAUUAGAGUUGGGGUGGCGCAUGCAUGCGGGUGCAUUGCGGAGGGUUUCUGUUCUAUGAGGAUGAUAUGCGUAUGCUAAUACUUCUGAUACUCGAUGAAUAGGUGCUACAUGGGCGAGUUCGAU